CCCUCCUCUCCUCUUCUCCAGCAUGGUGUGCCUAUGGCUCCCCAGCAGUCCCUUCAAGGCAACUCUAACCCUGAUGCUGAUGGUGUUGAGCCCUCCUGUGGCUUUGUUCAGGGACACCCGACCACGCUUCAUGCAGCAGUUGAAGGGUGAGUGUUAUUUCCCCAAUGGGACGGAGGGAGUGUGGAGCGUGACCAGAUACAUCUACAACCAGAAGGAGUUCCUGCGCUUUGACAGCGACGUUGGGGAGUUCCGCGCUCAGACUGAGCUGGGGCGGCCCAUCGCCGAGGAACUCAACAGCCAGAAGGACGUGCUGGACAAUUACCGAGCUUCAGUAGACAGGUGCAGAAAUAACUAUCCAUUAGUUGACAUACUCCUGUCAUUACAAGGAGUUAUGCCUAAGGUGACCGUGUACCCCACAAAGACUGAACCCCUGCAGCACCACAACCUCCUGGUGUGCGCUGUGCAUGGAUUCUACCCAGGCAACAUUGAAGUCAGAUGGUUCCGCAAUGGCCAGGAGGAGCAGGCUGGGGUGGUGUCCACAGGCCUGAUCCAGAAUGGAGACUGGACCUUCCAGAUACUGGUGAUGCUGGAAAUUAUCCCCCAACAGGGAGACGUUUACACCUGCCACGUGGAGCACCCCAGGCUGGACAGUCCAGUCACUGUGGAGUGGAGGGCCAGAUCUGGAUCUACACAGAGGAAGAUGCUGAGCGGAGUUGCAGUCUUUGUGCUGGGUCUGCUCUUCCUUGGGGUGGGGCUGUUCAUCCAUCUCAGGAAUCACAACGGACGCUCUGGACAUCAGCCCAUAGAACGUCUGAGCUGAAGUGGAGGUGACGGCACCGAAGGAGGGACCUCUGUCCCCACCGCUCCAAGUGAGGACAAUGCGUCUUGCCUGGCUCUCAUUCAUCCAAACAGAGAAUGUGUCUAGGACCUGGUUCUCUCCUGCUCCAUGACCUGACAGGUCAUGUGCCUGCUGAGGGGCUUGUCCACCCCCGUGGCUAACCCCAUGUCCCAGUACCUUCCCCCCAUCCUCUCACAGAUGCUUUGCUUCAUCCCUCCCUGCCUCUCAGGCAUCUGAAAAGCCCUUUGCCACUUUUCUCCAUUAUGUUUUGCUCAAAUAAACAAAGAGUGGAAAAUUA